ACACACACAAACCAUUCUCCUCACACUUGCAUAAAUUGGGUCAUUCUUCUUUUUGAGCUUUUUGAGCAUUUUGGAUUCUUUUGAUUUGCUUUUUGAUCAAAUUAUUGUAAAGCGUGAAGUGGGGAAUUAUAAUAUUAUGGGGGAGGGAAAGAGAAUGUGGAAUGUAAUUGUGUGUGUGGUUUUGGGAGUCAUGAGCACUAUGUUGAGUUUUGGGACAAGGGCAGAGCCACAAGUGCCUUGCUACUUCAUAUUUGGGGACUCUUUGGUGGACAAUGGGAAUAAUAAUGAGCUUCAGUCAUUGGCUAGAGCUAAUUACUUGCCUUAUGGGAUUGAUUUCCCCGGUGGACCCUCUGGGAGGUUUUCCAAUGGCAAAACUACCGUUGAUGUUGUUGGUGAGCUACCUUAGCUUCUCUCUCUCUCUCACUAUAUUCCUCCCUAUGCAACCGCAAGCGGCCAAGAAAUUCUCGGAGGAGUGAAUUUUGCAUCCGCUGCUGCUGGAAUUAGAGAGGAAACCGGCCGUCAACUGGGGGGUCGGAUCACAUUUAGAGGGCAGGUAGAGAACUACAGGAACACAGUUUCUCAAGUAGUGGAGUUGCUUGGAGACGAGGACACAGCAGCCAAUUACCUUAGCAAAUGCAUCUUCUCAAUCGGACUUGGCAGUAACGAUUACCUCAACAACUAUUUCAUGCCUCAGUUUUACAACACCGGCAAUCAAUACACGCCUGAAGAAUAUGCUACUGAUCUCAUUCAACGUUAUACUCAACAACUGAGGAUUUUGUACAAUUAUGGAGCAAGGAAGGUGGUCUUGUAUGGAAUAGGUCAAAUAGGCUGCAGCCCAAAUCAAUUGGCCCAAAAUAGCCAAGAUGGUAAAACUUGUGUGGAGAAGAUCAACUCAGCAAAUAGGAUAUUCAAUGCAAGGCUUAAAGGUGUUGUGGACCAAUUCAACAACCAAUUUACAGAUGCAAGAUUUAUCUACAUUGACUCUUAUGGAAUUUUUCAGGAUAUAAUAGCCAGUCCCUCAACUUAUGGAUUUAGCAACGUCAAUGAGGGUUGCUGUGGUGUGGGUAGGAACAAUGGGCAAAUUACUUGUCUGCCCCUCCAAACUCCUUGCGCAAACAGAAAUGCCUAUCUGUUUUGGGAUGCAUUCCACCCAACCGAGGCUGGGAAUGCUGUUGUGGCCAGGAGAGCUUACACUGCUCAGCGCCCAUCAGAUGCUUACCCAGUUGAUAUUCGCAGGCUAGCUCAGAUUUAGCAAUAUUAAGUCAAUAUUCUUGGACAGCAUUAAUGGCUUUCUCGUGUUUUGUUUUUUUUGUUUUUUUUUUUUGUAUGCGUUUCUUUUGGUUUGUUUUACUUAUUAUUAAUUGUUGCAGUUGUUCUUAAGGAAGUGUAGUACUCUAGGUCCCUUGGGAUUUAAACUUUCGUAAAAUGUAAUAUUUAGAGCACAUCCAAAAUUUGGCUUGUGGGAAAGACAUAAUGAGUAUAGUAUGAUGAGUCUCCAUCUCGUGUACCUGCCUCAAUAAUGACAACUAUGUGGCCUGCAUAUAUAUAGACAAAUUAUUGAAUAUAUCAUUGAGUAGUUGUAU